ACGAAUGUUGGUGCAACAGGUUUUUGACACAGUAUUUACUUCCCGGACUCUGCUUCACUUAACCUACAUUUUUAAGUAAAACGUUGGUGCUUAUUGACACUUACAAAGUCCAGAAAAGAGGAAUAUCAAAUCUUUGACACAGUACGGAACAAUCUGAUGUGUUUUGAUCGACGAAAUUUAGUGCCAUCAAGAUGCCUGUACUGUAUGCAACUGUAGCAAGGGGCACAACCGUGCUGGUCAAUCAUGCAGCUUGUCAGGGUAACUUCAUGGAGGUCACAGACCAGAUCCUUCCCAAGGUUCCUCCACAGAACACCAAGCUGACCUACUCACAUGACAAUUACCUGUUCCACUACAUCUCAGAGGAUAAGAUUGUCUACUUGUGCAUCACAGAUGAUGAAUUUGAAAGAUCCAGAGCCUUCAUGUUCCUAGGUGAUAUUAAAAGAAAGUUUCAAAUGACGUACGGGUCCCGAGCCCACACAGCACUUCCAUAUGCAAUGAACAGCGAGUUUUCCCCAGUUCUAGCCAACCAAAUGAGGUACUAUUCAGAAGAGACCCCUAUCGAUAGACUUGGCAGCGUGCAAGCCGACAUGGAAGACCUGAACCGCAUCAUGGUCAGAAACAUCGAAUCACUGUCCAAUAGAGGAGAAAGGUUAGAGCUGUUGAUUGACAAGACAGAAGAUUUGGAAACCACGUCUCUCACGUUCAGGAAGAGCAGUAAAACACUGGCCCGGUCCAUGUGCAUCAAGAACGUCAAAUUGAUCGUUAUUUUGGUUGUCAUUAUAACUCUUAUUAUCUACUUCAUCAUUUCGGCCGCAUGCGGAGGACUGAGUUGGCCACGCUGUGUCCAGCACUGAACAAUACCAGCCACGUCUCAUGAUCAGUGUGACUGUCUCACUCAAUACUGACUGCUCCAAAAUAGUACUGUGGACAGCACAUUACACAGUAUGGUGCGCUGAAGCAAAACAGGCCACAUCCCUCAUGAAUAAUGCGUGCAGUCUCAUUUGGCAUAUUUAAUCACACCACACACCAAGACGGGAUUUUUUUCAGAACAAAACUUAGCACGUCAACGCUCAAGCUUAGUGUUGGACGUAAUAGAUGCUUGGCAAGAGGGUACGUUCACUGUGCUUAAUUGUACAUGAGUGCAGUUAAUGAGACAACUAGACAAGUAGAAUUCUGAAUUCUCUGACGAUGUAUCAACCACCUUGAAAGAUGUCCAAAAGUUUGGAUAUGAUGCCAGCAUGUCGGAGAUGAAGGAAAUCACAAGAGCCUUUUCAAGGACACAAGACAUGGCCACUGAUUCCCCAGUCUCGGGUUUCAUCCCAUCAGACCAUGCCAGUGACUUCAGAUCAUGCAGAGAACGGGCCAAUUUCCAAGCCAACAACAUUCAAGCAAGCGGAUGUCUCCUGUCUUGCUUUAGCAGAUAGUGAAAUGUGGCCAAAGCUGUACAUUGCAGAAAAUUAUAGAUUUGAGGUCUGUGUGGCUUCAUCUGCACGGCAGAAAAACAGUGUGAUGGAUUGGUCGUUUCCGAAACGGGCUUCCAGAGCUACGGCUAGGUCUAUUGUCUAUGCGUCUCCGGGCAUUUGUAAUGGAGCGAAGACCUAGACCUAGCUCUAGACAAGAGAUUCAGAUGCAGCCAUUGAUUGUCAGUGUUUGUGUCGUAUCAGCUACAUGUUUUGCCCACACUGCCUUUCUCUACAAACAGCUCCGAGCACUCUUGUCAAACAUGUGAAAAGGUAAUGUGGAGGGAGAUUGGUAGAAAACAGUACCAUUUUAUAUUGAAUUUGGAAACCAAUCUAAGUUUAAAACCUUUUGACCCAUGUGAUCUUUACAAAAUGAAAUGUGCAAAUUAAGUUCAACUACAUGUAUCUACUGUGUGUACUUCAGUUAAUGAGAAUACUUUCUAGUUAAAUUUGUGCUAAUUCUAGUUUAUUCAGAUGAAAUGGAUUAAAAGGGUACAAAUAAGGUGGAAAUUGGCCUAUGUUUUGCAGUGUACCAGAAAUCUACCGUAUUUUGUUGCUAUUUAGAUAAUUUUUUGUAUGCACCACGAGAAACAAGAUUCAACCUCGGGUCCCAUAAUUAAAAGUAAAAGUAUGAGUCAUUCUGCACCAGAAAGGACAAAGAAUUAUGAUCAAGCUGAAGUCAGCUGAGGCAAGUAUCAUUGUACACAGGCAAGGCAAAACUUCGUGUGCAGAUGCCAUGUGGUAUUUACACUCGACUGUCUGUGGUUUGAAACAUUUCCAGUGAUGUAUUUUUGGGAGUCUAUACCACAGAACGGCCGCAUACUUCACAGCAUUCCAGCAGCUGAAAUUGUAAAUAAUUGCUAGUGAGAUUACCAUGUGCAGUAAAUUAAACAGAGGCGUAGUUGGCUUGGUAAUUGAGCAGUCCCACGCACCUGCUUGCGUCAAAAAGGACAUAGACGAAUAGUGCAUUAUUCCAUUUUUGUUGGAAACGCACUAGGAAUAAUGUGGUUGAUUCCAAUAGUGGAUUGAAACCAACCAACAGGGUGCUCAAUGUUAACACAUUGUUUAAUUUGAUAUGAUUAAAAAAAGGCAGGCUUGCUGAACUUGUCCAUUGUCGACUGGAAUUCAGCAUGCUUUUUUUUCUUUUUUUACAAAUUUUUUGUUAUUCUCCGUCAUUGAGGGAAUUUAAAUGAGGGCAAACAUUUUGAGAAAUGUAAAAUACAAAGAAUUGCUGCAAACUGCUUUUGUGGCAGCAGUGACUUCCAAUAAAUGAUUCAACAUAGCAGGGCUCGUGUUUCAAUCCUAGCAGAAUGGCAAAGGCAAACUUUUCCCCACAUAUUUGCACCUGUUCAGAAUUGACGAGAGAGAGAAAAGGGGUGUCCUGAACAGAGCAUACCCACACUGUGUAUCAAACAAGCUGUGUAAUACCUGUGUGUCGCCCAAUACACGGUAGUUUUAUGUGCACAUAGUGCAUGACACUUGGAACUUUUGUAUACACGUGGGCCAAUGGGAAACAUUCCUGCUUGCCUUUGCCAGAACUGCAAGUUUGCCCAGCUGAUGUAUUAAACCACUGUUGGGUUUGAACACGUUGACUGCCUCAUAGUCAGGUGUACUGAAUUCUGCCAGUACGAGUAUACUCAUAGGAAAUGAUAGGCUAUUGUAAUGUGAGUUGAGUACACUGGCAUCACUGACAAACACAACAAAUACACUGCUGGCAGUGUGAGGACAUACAUGUGUAAAAUAUCCAAGUUCAAACAGACACCUGAAAGGUACCUACUAAAUAUGCACGUAUGUGUACAGCACUUGGCAAAUGGGAACGCCCAUUCGAGAUUGUGCGAGGCAGUCAACGUGUUAACCAACACAAAAUAUAUGGUUCAUUUAAAUCCACUUUAUAAGCCAUCUAUAUGUAACUAAUAUAUUAACAUUUCCUUUUUAUUUGUUGAUUAUCCUUUUGCUAGCUGUACAUCAUUUAUAGCUGCAAAGUUUAUUCCCGCAUAUAUUACGUUUCAAAAACAUUUUCACUCGAAACAAUUUCACUUGGCAUUUUAUUUUGAAUUUUGUACAGUAUAAUGAAUGGUAAUUGGUACUGGGAGCCAAGGAAAAAAGAGUUACAGGGCUUAAAAUGUUUAUUUUUCUAUUCAUGUCGUGGGAAGGUCUUUGAAUCGUAAUAUAUGAUAGCAUGUAAGAAUUUGUAUUGCAUGUACAAUUUUGUAUUUGUUACCUAACAUGUUGCAUAGCGGCAAAAUCGGUUGCCACAGUACAAGUCUUUUGUAACCGUAAAAACUCGUAUGCAUUUUGACACUUGCUGUCGAGGAUGUCUUUCACCUUUUUCAUUACUUCACAGCCAUUUUGAGGUUACUGUGAUGAAACACGCUGCUCAUGGCUGUGCAGUACAGAAGCAAUGGAUCACUCACUAGGGUACAUUGUCUCUUUGUACUAGAACAGAACACUUCAGCAAUUAUUUGCAGCUAACAAUGACGAGCUUAAAGCAUAAUGUCAUCAUGCUUUGUGCGCUUUUCUAAGGGGGACUCGGUGAAUCAUGUCCCACCGCAAUGCCAUAGGAAAGCAUGCAUGUAUACAAAGUAUGGUGUCAUUAUGGAACAAGUCUAUUGCAAAAUAUCUACCGUAGUCAUGAGUUAAAAGCGCUGUUAAAUGAACAGGAGACGGUGUCAUUAAUGAAAGUACUGCUGCAGUGGCUACCAUUGAAAUAUGGUGGACUGCUACACAGUGAUUUGGGAUUUAUGUGUCCUGAACACAGGUAAUAACCAUCCUUAUCUUCAGGCAAACUUGAAUUCUCAGUUCUAAUUGGUCAAUCCAUAGAAACAGUGUGAUAUAUAACUGUAUUGCACCUUUCAUAUCAAACCCUGCGUAAUGCGCUGUUCUAACUAAACGCAUUGCCCUAUUUUUACACUAAAAGCAAACGCACAUCUGCAUGACUGUAAAUUCAAAAGCGACGUGUUUGCCUGUGCUGAUUGUCACGUGUUUAAAUGCACGUACAAUUCUGACAAUUUCCUUUCUUAGUGUAAGCCCUGUUUUUGUUGUUAUUGAAAUAAGUUAAAACACAAAUACAUGUCAUUCCAGUGCUCCCCAGAUAAAAUUGGAGCAUUGUGGUACAUCGGUGUUACUGUUUUUGCUGUGCGCUGUGUGAUGUCUUUUGUCUUCUUUUUUUAAGUAAAGUGCGCAUAAGCCCCUUUACUUUCUUCACUGCAUGUCAAGUUUACUUGAAGAUAAACUUACUUGACUUGAAGACUGUGCUCAUGCCUCAGUGUCCAGUAUACCAAGUGGCAUACUGGACACAGAUGCACUACACUUCUCUGUGUUCCACUUGUGUUCGUGGGAUAACUAAUAAAGUACAUCCAUUCCAAGAAGUGUGUUAAAACAUGCUGAUUAUAUUGUAGAAUAUACAUGUAAACGUAUAUUGUUGGAGCAGGCUUAACAAGUAGAGCAUUAUUUAUAUAUUAAAGGGGACUUUUCCCACAGCUAUUUGAAAGUGCCUGAAUCGGCCGACACUUCUGACACAACUUUGCUAACUCGCCAAUUUUUAAUGGUCAAAUGAAGGAGAGAAGUGACUCCGUCCACAACCAAGUUGUGCUGUCCACACCCAUGGGCCAAGUAAUUACUGGGUUUUGAACUCGCUAGUUGUAAGAAUCUGCAUGUGGGCCACAUGGGCCAAAACUGAAGGGUGAACAGUGUGGUAUCAUCUCUGAGAAAUGUCCAUUAAGUUAUACACAUUCACCAGAGUAAAUUGCAGUCCCAUAAAUCUAGAUAUCUGUGUAUCAAAACUAAAUUUAUUUGUACUGACAAUUUCUGCUUUUGUUCAUUGUUACAGCAAUUUGGCAUGCAAGGGCUCUAGCAACACAGCUUAUACAAGAUUAAAAACCCAUUAAUUCUAACAGAACAAAACAAUCAGAGAGGAGUCUGUGAAGCCUUACUGCCCAGCAUUUCCAGAGUAAAUUCCAAAAUCAAUUCAAAGGUUUUGUGGUGUUCUGAAGUACCACAAUUAUAUUUUUGGUCUCUGUACCUUAUGCAAACCCUCGACAUCUGUCAUUGUAUUUUUGAACCUGUAAAUACAAAAACAUGAAGUGUAAAAUAUUGCAGCAGUCUUUUAACUGAAUGCUGUUGUUGUAAGAACAUGUAAGCCCAUAUGUGUCUAUUCAGAUUUAUCAUGCUGACAAACUGAUGAGUGCAGUGCAGCAAAAGGGUGCAAUUCCUGCAUUAUUAACCUUGUAUGAAUAUAAGAUCUAAAGUGCCCAUGUGUAACACCAGCACUGGUAUGGCGUGUAUCAACUUGGUUGUGUACAUUUUGCAAUAAAGAACUUCAAAAGCAAGACUUGGCUGGGAAUUUUAUUCCUUCAUUUCUACCGUUAUGCCCCCUCCCUUUCAAAUUGGGGAUUGAAAUGCCCCCCUCCCUGUAUGGGCCUUCUAGAAAAUGCAACAUCUUUUUGCCAUUAAUGUUGCCUCUCUGUUGCCAGUCAUACGCUCUUUUCUCAAAUGCGUAAAGGCAGCAUUAAGCAUCAAAUUUGAAAAAAAAAAUUAUGUAUUCAAAUGCCUGAAAUAAAGGCAGUGUUAAGCAACACGUGAAACUCCACAUAAAGAAAUCAUACAAGUUAGGUAUCACUCAUAAACUUGUUUUUGUUGUCAGCUCAACUAAGUAACUUUGAACUCCAAGGCAGUCCUAAUUUCAAAAGACAUUACAGUUAGUCUUAAACAAGUGUCAACCGUAGGUAAAGGUGUGAGAUUAACACACUACAAGUUUCGACAGAAGAACUUUUGCCAGUAUAAAUAUUAUGUGAAACUAUGAACUAUACCAAAUUGCCGACCAAGCUCCUGUAUUAUCUUCAAAAUGAGUGACAACUGUUACCAGACGUGUGCAGAAGUGCCAGUGAUAACAUGAACAAGACAAGAGAAAACAAGUGCAAAGAAAAAUAGAUCAAAGUUCAAAGUCAAUGACCAGGCAGAUGCCUUGAGGUUGAAUGCAGAUAUCUCCUUGUAAAAGUCCAAGGAAAAAAGGGAAACUGCAGUCAACUCUUGUUUCUACUGCAAGGUUGCUGAGACCAGCAAAAUGACCUUGCUAUUACCAACCUGUUACAAAUGAACUGGAAAAAAGAGAGACAGACAACAUAGAAAUCAAAAGAAUUCAAGGGACUGAGGAAGUUUCAGGAUUUGUUUAAAAUAGUACAUGCGUUUAUUACAAGCAUGCUCUUGAAGUUGACUGCAUUUUCUGUUGGAUCCCUUUUGCAAAAUCCAUUUUGAAAAUAAGUCUCAAAACCUUUGAAAAUAGACAAAACGAAAAGGCAUCGUGACAAACAAGACCUACAGCCUCAUCUCAACCAACAUCCUAAAAAAACAAACAAAAGCAAACAGAUGAAACAGGAGGGUGAAUUCUCAACCUCCUGUUUCAAGUCAAAAGCAAAACCUUUACUUCCCUGUGUGCCCACUAGUUUCUAACCUUUAGCUAGUCAUGCUGUGGUUGUCGACUUCAAUUUCUCAGCAGAUCUUAGCCUUCCUCUCUCUCCUAGUCUUCUGCUUCUGCCAUGGCUUGCGGCCUUGUCGCCCAUGUCCUCAUGAAAACGACACAGACAGUGCUAGCUUAAAGUUUCCAAGAGGGAGCAAGGAAACAGCAAAGAUAGUCACAUUCACCCAGCAAAAAAAUGUCAUAAGGUUAGAGAAUAAAUUACAGUAAACAGAAGAUGCUAAUAGCUAGGACUACACUAAGUGGAAGUCUGCAAAUCAGCUCCUAGUAUUUAACUUAAUCAUAAGCAAGGCUUUCGCUUAUUUACAGUUGGCUAAAAAGUUUGGAGGGGAAAAAGCUUUUCUGUUAGAUGCGCUACAAAAAUACAAUAGUUUGGUAAAAGUUAAUAUUGAUUACCUUUAAGGGAACAUCUGCAGGCUAAGGCCUACUCCUGUCAAUUAAUUCAUCUCACUGUUAAUAAUUUAAGACAUUAGUUAACCAUGCAUAUCUUACAUAAAAUCUAACAGUAAUCAGAUCUUACAACAGCCUCACACACCCUGCAAAUCUGAGGCCAAGUUUGAGUGAGAACCAUCUGUCAACCAGUGGUGGAUUUUGCAUGGUGUCCACUGCACAUGUUGUGCACAGGUUACCAGAGAGAUUUGACCAGUAGCAACCAAAUAGUCAUCACUCAACUUGUCCUCAAUCAACCUUAGUAAACAAAACGGCUACCUGGACCGAACCAUUACAAACCGAUUCGGGAACAUACUUAUUUAAGUACAUAAAACCUCUUGAUUGUCGAAUUCUCCAGCAAAGGCUAAAUCAUUCAAACUUCAAGUGUCUCUCUGUUGAGGCUUAAUUUUAAUUUUUAAAAAACAUAGUCUACGAUCAUUACAGCACCAUGCUUACUUUAGAAAAAAAUACAUUAGUUUAGGGGGUUCGUUCAAAGUUUUCAACAUUUUCAUAGUAGUACACAGAGUACCAUUUGAAGGCCCCCCCUCUCUCCCCCAAUUAGUACUUAAUUAUCAACAUUUUUCUAUCAGUAUCCUGAAAUAUCGACAAACUCCCAUAGGCACUAGAUUGUUGGAAAGUGCCCAUUAUUAAGCACACAGAUAAACAUUUUUGAAAACCUUCAUGUUUUAAAAAGAAACAGAAUCAAUAUGAAAAACAUUUAGAUACAUUAUUGAUAUAUAAACAUUCUUCUAAUCACUGAAGAUCACGUCCCCGGUACUACAACAAAAUUAUGUGGGUAAAAAUGGAUACCACAUUGGGACCAAUGUGCCACGAUGAGCUCACAGCUCAAAAUCACAGGCCAGGCAUGUACAUUUGCACACGCGUGCAGUACAUCAUAUCAACAUGGUGUGUACCGAGCUGCACCAGGCAUCAUGGCGGGUAGGCCUAAAGUACAUGGAAAGUACAUGUACAUGCACGAUGCAUGCAAACCUUGCAUACUUAGGAACAAGCUUUCAGCGCACAACUGGCGAUUACAUGUAAUGCUUGCUUUUCCUUGACUUUUCAUGCUUUACAUAUAAAUGAGAAUACUA